AUGGAAAGCACCACUUUCCUCACUCUGACUGUAAUGCUUCUCUUCAUCACUUGCUAUGCUCAGGAGGAUACAGAGGCUCUUUCUUGCCCAGAAUCUCAGAUGACCUUUGACGGCUCUUGCUAUGAGUUUGUGGGUCUGCAGCAAUCCUUCCUCAGCUCCCAGGGGUGGUGUGAGCGAGGAGGAGGACACCUAGCCUUCAUCCUGAACGAUGAAACCCAACAGUUCCUCCAGAAGCACCUGGAACCGGAGAAGGACUGGUGGCUUGGGCUGGCACCUUCUGCUCCAAACCUCACGCUCGACUCUGCAGCCACUGACGGUUCCCUUGCCUGGCUGGAUGGCUCAGAUGUCAGCUAUAGUAACUGGGUGAACAUGCCAGAUGCAGAAGCAGCCUGUGGACAUAUCCUAAAACAGUCAGGUUUUCAGUGGGAAGCAGCAGGAAAUUGCAGCCAGGAACUCAACUUCAUUUGCCAGUUUGAUUCUGGGAGAUCUAUUGCCUGUGAUGGGCGGAAUGCAACAUUACAAUGUGGUUCAGGGCAGCUUAUAGAGAUAGAUGACAGCUUCUAUGGUCGAAAAACUAUUCACUACUGCCGAUCCAACCCUGCUGCCUCACCCACAUCCUCCCAGGAAGAAUGCAGCUGGAUAGAUGUGACAGAUUCUAUAAAAGCUAAUUGCCAAGGACUGCAGGAGUGCCAGGCUCCAGUUGAUCUGAGCCUUUUUGGUGAACCAUGUCCUGUGCUGGGAAGUUACCUGUCUGUAGAGUACACCUGCAAACAUGGGCUUCAGCUGUUGUUGAGCAAGCUGGCGGCCGUCUUUGAUAAUGUCACCAUCACUGUGAAGUGGCUCCUUCAUCCUUUUCAGGGAAACCUCACUUGCACACUGAAUGCUGGAGAUGGCCACAAUAUUGAUCCUUACAGCCCAGAGGAGAUGGAGAGUACUGUGAUGCAUACAUUCAGCCGACCUGGUGUUUUCAUGGUUGUUGUGGAGUGCACUACCAAAGACUUCCGCGUUACAGCUCAAAAAGCAAUAACCAUUCAGGAGCCUGUUAAAGAUUUUGGCGUCAUUAAGUGCUUUAGCAGAAAUAUGUCAGCAGAUGGCACUAAAUGCAACGCUCUCAAUGGUAGGCCUGUGAAGAUUCAAGUGAUAGUAACAGCAGGUACAAAUGUGUCAUACUCAAUUCAACAUGAAGGCCAUCUGGUUGCAAACUCAUCAGCAGAGAGAGGAAUCGCACCCCACAACAUUACACUGAGUGCAGGUGUGGUGGAGAAGCUUGGACAGGGCUGCCACAACCUGACUCUAACUGCCUCUAACAGGGUUACAGCCCACGCAGUGUCCACUGAUCUGGAGCUGUGUCUGCUGGAGCCCAUUGAAGGCCUGCAGGCCUCAGUGAUAGCGGAAGAUGACGAGUGUCCUGACUCUAAUGAUCUCAUCAUUGGUGUUUCGGUGGAGCGAGGAACCCCUGUGGAGCUGCUCUUCACUCUGACUGGAGCCCGGGACACGCUCUCCGAGACAAGAGACAUGCUCAAUGGCAGCUUACAAACGUACACGUUCACCAGCCCACUUGAAGGACUGUUUAAGGUGAAGGUACGAGCCAUGAAUGCCUUCUCUGCUUCUGAUGUGGAUGUGGACUUAGAAAACAUUGUCCGGGCUUGCCAAAAUUAUUCUGACUCCAUGCCAGAUAAACAAGAAAACCGGACAAGCAGUGUGAGUACAAAUGAUUUGAAAAUAUCUGCUGCUCCAGACACUGUGGUUGACUUCUCUCAGAGUGUCACUCUGAGUGUGACUGGAACUGAAUCAUUGUCCAGCAAAGGACUAGCAUUUGAAUGGAAAUGUAAAGGAAACUGUAAAUGCCAAAACAAAACAACGGAUGAAACUCAUGUUAUUGAAAAAGAUUGCCUUCCGAAUGCCUUUGAUUUCUUCAAUUACACUUUAACUGUGAGGAGGACCACCUGGUUUAGGGAAUGGGUUGACUUUGCGUCAGCUUCGAAGUGCAUCACUCUUGCUCCAAAAGAAUUCAAAGAUGUAACCAUAAGUUGUGACGAUUGUGCUUCGUUAAAUGUCAAUGACAAUGUAAGCCUCAGACUGAGGUGUGUGACAACUUGCCCAGAUGUAGUUUGGUAUAUUGAGGACCCCAAACCUGCGGCAGAUGACCUCAAAACAUGUUACUCCGAAGCAGGAAGAAAGCCUCCUAUUGAGAGGCAGGACGGUAUCACUGAAUACGUUGUGCACAGCCAACUUCUGAAGGUUUCAAGGGAGACUUUACACAACAUCAGUGUAUUUGCUUAUGGUCAGAAUGAGCCAGGUUUUGCAAAGUACACUUUUCCAAUACCCGGUCCUGAGCCAACUGAACCAGCUGCCACUGAUGCUCCUGCAAAGCGCAGCCCCCCCUCAUGUAGCAUCUCUCCAGAGUCAGGAACUGUUCUUGAUGCUUUUGACAUCACCUGCCAAGAAAGCUCUUUCUGCUCCACAGGCUGUUUGUAUUGCUUCAAAACAGAGACAGGUAAACAUCUGCGCUGCAGUAACGCAAAUGAGGUUAAAUCUGUCUUCCUGCCUCUCGGGGAUUACAACAACAAUUACAGUGUGUCUGUUGUGGUCACUGUGAAAAAUGAAUAUGAGAAAACCACCACAACUGUCUCCACUCAGGUACGUAAAAGCAGCUCCAGUAUGUCUGUGGAGGCGCUCCAGUUUGCCGUGGAGGAUUCUGUGAGUCAGUUAGAGCAGCAGGGUCUGCUCUCUGGAGAGGCACUCGGACAGAUAUUCACUUCAGUUUCUGAUAUGCUGAACACAGAGGAGGACAAAGAUAAGAAGGAUGCGAGGACAGAGCUAAGGAAGCAAAUGCUGACCAAAAUGACCAAAGUUCUGCUGGACUCACCCAGCAACACGACUCAGGAAGUGCAAGUGACGGCCAGAGCUGUGGCUGGACUCACGCAGCGGCCGGACGAGCUCACACCCGCUGCUCAAGAAGAAGCAGGUUCAUUGUUGGCAGACCUCAGCUCCUCCCUCAACACUAUCAGUGUUAAUCAGGAGGACGGAGAUGACGGAGAAGUAGUGCAGGCGGCUACACCAAUAAUCGAAGCAGCCAGUAAUAUUUUGAAUGUUUCGUCCAAUAAAAAAGUCUCAGAUUUUCUUCUUACUGGGAUAGGAAAUGUUCAAAGUGCUUUGCUGAAUAAUAAAAAGCUGAAUGGAGACCCUGCCAUCAUUGAUUCUGGUCAGAUCAGUGUGUAUGUAAACAGAGUGUCUUCAGGAAAGAUGCAAAUGCAGGACAUAAAUGUCCAGAAGAACAGCUCCUCCAGAUUUUCCUUUCCCACGCUGCCUGCUCAUAUUGUCUCUCCAGAGGAGCCAGUGGAUGUCAGAAUGAUGAGUUUUGAGAAUAACCCAUAUUCUUGGAAGGGGGGAAACAUCACAGGAACUGUUGGGUCGGUCUCUCUCUCCAGAGCAAACGGCACUGUCAUUCCUGUAGAGAAUUUACCCGAUGAGAUAGAGAUUCUCCUACCAAGGCUUGAUGUUGGGCAGGAGAACAGCAGUCUGGACUUGGCCAAUUACAGCACAUUAAUCAUUGAUGUUCCCUCUCCGGAUGUCACUCUUGUGCUGAAAAUGGAGCCAUCAGAAAACAUCUCCUUCGUGAUAUUCCUGGGAUUUAAAGAUUAUCCAAAUAAUGAGAAUUAUAUUGCCAAGACUCAGAUCCCUAUUGAGAAUGCCAAAGAAGAUGAAAUGUACACCUGGGUUUUGAGUCCCAAAGACAGAGGAGGAGAAGUCGGAGAACACUACCUGGUCAUAAAGCCCAUUGUUGAGCCAGGUGUCAAAUCCAUUAACGCCACUGUCACUGUCAUCUCCCUCGCUGCCCAGUGCAAAUACUGGAAUGAAACAGACACUUCUUGGAGUGAAGAUGGCUGCAGGGUCGGUCCUCUCACCACGCCUCUGGUCACCCAGUGUCUCUGUAACCACUUAACUUUCUUUGGCAGCUCUUUCUUUGUUAUGCCCAACUUGGUGGAUGUCUCACGUACUGCUGAACUUUUUGCUACAUUCACCAACAAUCCUGUGGUGGUGUGUUUUGUGGGGGCCAUCUUUGCUGCCUAUUUCCUGGUGGUUGUGUGGGCACGCAGGAAAGACAUCCAGGACUCAGCUAAGGUCAAGAUAACAGUACUUGAGGAUAAUGACCCCUUGGCGGAGUAUCGUUACAUGCUGAAUAUCAGCACAGGGCAUCGGCAUGGUGCAUCCACCUCCUCUCAGGUCACGAUAACCCUGUUGGGCACAGAGGGAGAAAGUGACCCUCACCAUCUGACAGACCAUGAGAAGCCAGUGUUUGAGAGGGGAGGGGGGGACUUGUUCCUGCUGACCACACACUUUUCACUUGGAGAUCUGCAGAGCAUCAGGCUGUGGCAUGACAACUCAGGAGCGCAUCCUGCAUGGUAUGUCAACAAAGUGAUGGUGCAGGAUCUGGAGAGUGGUCAGAAAUGGCACUUCCUGUGUAACUCCUGGCUGGCUGUAGAUGUGGGAGAGUGCUCUCUUGAUAAAGUGUUCCCAGUAGCAACCGAGAUGGAUUUGAAGCAGUUUAGUAAUCUGUUCUUUAUGAAGACAGCCAAGGAUUUUAGGGACGGCCACAUCUGGUUCUCUGUCAUCAGUCGUCCUCCCUGUAGCACUUUCACUCGUGUGCAGCGAGUGUCCUGCUGUUUUUCCCUGCUGCUAUGCACCAUGCUGACUAGCAUCAUGUUUUGGGGCAUCCCCACCGACCCCUCUGAGCAGACUAUGGACCUUGGUCACAUCGAGUUCACCUGGCAACAGGUUAUGAUUGGCAUUCAAAGUUCAAUCAUCAUGUUUCCUAUUAAUUUACUGAUUGUGAGUAUCUUCAGAAACACUCGUCCUAGAGAGAGGGGCGGCAAGACAGACACAUCUAAACAAGGAAAGACUGGUCGGGUAUCUCCCACACAGACGUCUUCCCCUCAGAAAGAGCUCAAGGACAUCACACCAGACACUGUGAUCAAGGACAUAAAGAGAAUUGCUCAGUCACUCUCUAAGGCCAUGAAGAGUCCUCUACCUCACCUGGAGCUCCGGCCUGGACAGCAGACGGACAUCAACACAUUGCUGUCUCUGGUUGAGGACAUCAUACGGCAGCAGAACCGUGCAGAUGGAGAUUUUUACACUGAAGCCUCUAAGAGGGAUCGCUCUAUGAUUCUCAGUUUAAGAGCAGUUAAUCUACAAGAAAACAGCUUGUGUGGGAGCCCUGAAAAGACUUCAGAAGAGGUGCAGAAGAAGAGCAACAACAGCCGGUACCUGUACAAGCAGCUGCGUCAUGUUGAAAAGGAGCUGGGUUUGCUGGGUCCUUCUCGCUUUCCAAAGCCAGACAGCUAUAACCGAGCCAUGCAACAGGUUCAGGGAAUGAAGGGCCUCCUGGAGUACCACCUCCCCUCAUCUGAUCUGGAAGGAGAACAGCUGGACGGCAGCCAUAGUCCUGACGAGAGCAUCAACGGAGACUCCAGCAAGAAGCGAUCCAAAGGAGGGCUGCCGUGGUGGUUUGUGUUUGUUGGCUGGAUACUGGUGAUCGCAACCAGCGGCGUGUCAGGAUACUUCACCAUGAUGUAUGGGCUGACGUACGGGAAGGACCGCUCGAUAAGCUGGCUGAUUUCCAUGUUGGUCUCUUUCUUUGAGAGUCUCUUUAUUACUCAGCCGCUUAAGGUUCUUGGUUUUGCUGCUUUCUUCGCUCUUGUGCUGAAGAAAGUGGACCAGGAGGAGUAUGGAGAGCCUCAGAUAGAUGAGAGUCUGAGAAACACGGAUGAUCCCGAUGCAGUGCGGGCAGCAAGAAGAGACAGCACAUGUAGUUUCUAUCAGCCACCUCCUCCUACCGACAUCGAGAAGAUCAGAAACAACAUGAUUAAAGAACAGAAAGUCUUCGCCCUCAUAAGAGAGAUACUUGCCUACUUGGGAUUCAUGUGGAUGUUGCUCCUGGUGGCGUACGGUCAGAGGGACCCCAACGCUUACUUUCUGACCCAGCACAUUCGACAGAGCUUCAGUGCAGGGAUCUCAGAUAGUAUGAGUAUUCAGGAUGUGUUCGACUGGGCAAACACAACGCUGCUGAGCAGCUUGUUCGGAGAGUAUCCAGGAUUUAUCACAGAUGGAAACUCCAAGCUUGUUGGUAACGCUCGUCUUCGCCAGGUAAGGGUGCUUCCAAACUCCUGCCAUGUGGCUCCCUCCAUGCAGCAGUCCGUGCGGAACUGUCACGCUCUGUACUCGUGGGAGAUGGAGGACAUGGGCUCCUACAGUCCAGGCUGGAGCCGAUCUGAGAAGGAUAACACCUCACUGAACCUUCAGAGCCCAUGGACGUACCAGUCCCAGAGAAAACUAAGGGCCUACCCCAUCUGGGGCAGUGUGAUGCUCUACAGAGGAGGAGGGUUUGUGGUGGAUCUGGGGCCAGAUUUACAAAAUUCUAGCAGAUCCCUUCAGUACCUUUAUGACAACACCUGGUUUGAUGUGUACACCCAAGCGGUCUUUGUUGAGUUCACCGUGUACAAUGCCAACGUCAACCUCUUCUGCAUUGUCACUCUCAUGCUGGAGACCACAGCUUUAGGAGCUUUCCAGUUUCGCAGUGAGCUUCAAAGCGUGCGCCUUUACCAGUCGACCGGCGGCCUUCACGUCUUUGUCAUGGCCUCUGAAGCCAUUUACUUCCUUUUCAUCUUCUAUUACAUGUUUAUCCAGGGAAAGCUGAUGAAGCAACACAGAUGGACUUAUCUCAAGAGUAAGUGGAACCUGCUGGAGCUGGCCAUCAUCAUCCUCAGCUGGAGCGCACUGUCCGUCUUCAUCAAGAGGACUUUACUGGGAAACCGGGACAUGGAGUACUACCAGAACAACAGAGACCAAUAUGCCAGUUUCCAUGAGACAGCCAAGGCGGAUGCGGUGCUGGGGUAUCUGAUUGCCUUCCUAGUGCUGCUGGCUACAGUCAAACUGUGGCACCUGCUGAGACUGAACCCAAAGCUGCACAUGAUCACAGCCACCCUGCAGCGAGCCUGGACUGAUAUUUCAGGCUUCCUGGUGGUCAUGACGAUCAUGUUCAUGGCCUACUCUAUCGCUUCUAACCUGAUGUAUGGGUGGAAGCUUUACUCCUAUCGAACUCUACUGGAUUCUGCACAGACCAUGGUCAGCCUGCAGCUUGGCAUCUUUAACUAUGAAGAGGUUCUGGAUUACAAUCCAGUGCUUGGAGCGUUCCUCAUCGGCUCCUGCAUUGUGUUCAUGACCUUCGUGGUGCUGAACCUCUUCAUCUCUGUCAUUCUAGUGGCAUUCACUCAAGAGCAGAUCCAUCACAAGCCGUCAGAAGAGGAGGAGAUUGUGGACCUGAUGUUGAUGAAACUCUUCAGUUUGUUUGGACUGAAAUCUAAGAAACAAGGUGGCGACAGCCUCUCUGAGAGGCCAGUAGUUUCAUCUGCUUCACAAAAUGGACUCUCCACGAUUUCUUCUGGGAAUAUGUGUGAUGGUUGAUAUGCUUGUAGAUAACGCUUUGCUUCAGUUUUUGCAUUCACUGCUUUAUAUUUAUCAAUGCAAGUUUACAAAUUAUAAGUAUUUCUCUUUACUGCUGCAGAUCUGUAACUCUGGAAGGAGAAGCUAUACACUGAGAGAAAGUAGGAACUGAGGAUGGUCCAUAUGUAAUGCACUGUAGGCUGUAGGAUAUGUUGUAAAGCAAUUGCAUUUUUGGUUUUGUGACUAAAUCUUGUAUAAACUGAUUUAUUCCAUAAAACAUUCCAUCAUGGAUAUAUA